ACACGCCGCGGUUGCGAACCACCGUACGGGAGCUCCUCAGCUGAGCCUGGGCGGCCGCGGAGAUGAAACCAGAGCCGCGGACGCUACCAGCGUCUCCCAACUGGUACAGCUCGCGCUGCAGCGACGCGGCGCCCGGAGGCAUCUUUGGCUUCGCUGCACGGACCUCCGUCUUCCUCGUCCGCGUGGGCCCGGGCGCGGGCGCGAGCCCAGGGGCGCCCCCGUUUCGAGUUGUAGGAGAGUUGGUGGGACACACUGAAAGAGUAUCUGGUUUCACUUUUUCUCAUCACCCUGGUCAAUACAACCUCUGUGCCACCAGCUCAGAUGAUGGGACUGUGAAGAUUUGGGAUGUAGAGACCAAGGCUGUAGUGACAGAACACUCACUCCAUCAGCAUACAAUAUCAGCACUGCAUUGGUCUCCGACAGUUAAGGACUUAAUAGUCUCUGGGGAUGAAAAAGGAGUUGUUUUCUGUUACUGGCUUAACAGAAAUGACAGCCAGCACCUCUUCACAGAGCCCAGGACCAUAUUCUGUCUGACGUGUUCACCUCAUCACGAAAAUUUAGUAGCCAUUGGCUACAAAGAUGGCAUAGUGAUUAUCAUUGACAUCAGUAAAAAAGGAGAAGUCAUUCACAGGCUUCGAGGCCACGAUGAUGAAAUCCACUCCAUAGCCUGGUGUCCUCUGUCUGCUGAAGACUGCUUACCUAUAAACCAAGAGGAAAACUCAGAAGAACCUGACAUUCCCAAUGGGAAACUUAUAGCAGAAACCCCCAUCACAAAAGGCUGCUACUUAGCCACAGGAAGCAAGGAUCAGACUAUUCGAAUCUGGAGCUGUUCCCGAGGCCGGGGUGUGAUGGUUUUGAAAUUGCCCUUCCUGAAGAGAAGAAGUGGGGGUGUGGACCCAACAGUUAAAGAACGUCUUUGGUUAACACUUCAUUGGCCCAAGAACCAACCAACACAGCUGGUAUCCAGUUGUUUUGGAGGUGAGCUGCUGCUAUGGGACCUGACCCAGUCAUGGAGACGGAAGUACACGCUCUUCAGCACCUCAGCUGAAGGGCACAAUCAUUCCAGAAUUGUCUUCAAUUUGUGUCCUCUGAAGACUGAGGAUGGCAAGCAGCUGCUACUGUCCACGUCCAUGGACAGAGAUGUAAAAUGUUGGGACAUGGCUACCCUGGAGUGUUGCUGGACAUUGCCUUCUCUUGGAGGGUUUGCCUACAGUCUUGCCUUUUCUCCUGUGGACGUUGGCUCCCUGGCCAUAGGUGUUGGGGAUGGCAUGAUCCGGGUGUGGAAUACACUCUCCAUAAAGAACAACUACGAUGUGAAAAACUUCUGGCAAGGAGUCAAGUCCAAGGUCACAGCGCUCUGCUGGCACCCAAACAAGGAAGGCUGCUUAGCCUUCGGGACCGAUGACGGAAAAGUGGGGUUGUAUGACACCUGCUCCAACAAACCUCCACAGAUUUCAAGCACGUAUCAUAAGAAGACCGUGUAUAGGUUGGCUUGGGGACCACCAGUACCCCCCAUGUCACUUGGAGGGGAAGGAGACAGGCCUUCCCUUACCUUGUACAGCUGUGGAGGAGAAGGCAUUGUGCUGCAGCAUAAUCCCUGGAAGCUCAGUGGAGAGGCCUUCGACAUCAACAAACUCGUGAGAGACACCAAUUCCAUUAGAUACAAGCUGCCCGUGCACACAGAGAUCAGCUGGAAAGGAGAUGGCAAAGUCAUGGCUCUUGGUAAUGAAGAUGGAUCAAUAGAAAUAUUCCAAGUCCCCAACUUGAGACUGCUCUGCACCAUCCAGCAGCACCACAAGCUGGUGAACGCCAUAGUCUGGCACCAUGAGCAUGGCAGCCGUCCAGAGCUGAGCUGCCUCCUUGCUUCUGGCUCUAACAAUGCAGUCAUCUACGUGCACAACCUGAAAGCUGUCCUAGAAAACAAUCCUGAGUCUCCAGUAACUAUCACAGAGCCCUACCGGACCCUCUCAGGGCACACAGCCAAGAUUACCAGUCUGGCAUGGAGCCCACAUCAUGAUGGAAGGCUGGUAUCAGCUUGCUACGAUGGCACAGCUCAGGUGUGGGAUGCCCUCCGGGAAGAACCUUUGUUUAAUUUCCGAGGACAUCGAGGCCGGCUGCUAUGUGUCGCAUGGUCCCCCGUGGAUCCAGAAUGCAUCUACUCAGGUGCAGAUGACUCCUGUGUCUACAGGUGGCUGACCUCCAUGCAGGACCACUCCCGGCCUCCUCAAGGGAAAAAAUGUAUUGAACUAGAGAAAAAACGGCUCUCUCAAUUUAAGCCAAAGCUUAAAAAGAAGAAAAAACCUACCUUGAGACUGCCUGUAAAGCAAGAUUUAUCCAUUAGCAAUGACGAUGAGAGUGUGAGGGAGAACUCGGGACCUGUUGAGAAUGGCUUGUCGGACCAGGAUGGUGAGGAAGAAACCCAGGAGCCAGAGCUGCCUCCCUCUCCCGUGGUUUGUGGAGAACCUGUUUCCUGCACUGCCAUUUCCUUAGGCUUUGAAAAGUCAAAAGUCACUGUUAGUAGCAAAGCCACCUCACUGAAAAAGGAGCCACCUAAGGAGAAGCCAGAAGCCUUGCUCAAGAAGAGGAAGGCUCGCUCCAUGCUCCCUCUGAGCACCAGCUUAGACCACAGGUCCAAAGAGGAGCUCCAUCGAGACUGUCUGGUACUAGCAACUGCUACACAUGCCAAAGCAGAACUAAGUGAAGAUGUGUCUGCCAACCUUGAGGAACGAUUCCACCUGGGCCUUUUCACAGACAGGGCUACUCUGUACAGGAUGAUGGAGACAGAAGGGAAAGGUCACUUGGAAAGUGGCCACCCCGAGCUUUUUCACCAGCUUAUGCUCUGGAAAGGAGAUCUGAAAGGUGUUCUCCAGGCUGCAGCAGAGAGAGGCGAGCUGACAGACAGUCUCGUGGCCGUGGCACCAGUAGCUGGCUACAGUGUGUGGCUGUGGGCUGUGGAAGCCUUUGCCAAGCAGCUGUGUUUCCAGGAUCAGUACGUCAAGGCUGCCUCUUAUCUGCUAUCCAUCCACAAAGUAUACGAAGCUGUGGAACUUCUCAAGUCAAACCAUCUCUACAGAGAAGCUAUUGCAGUUGCCAAGGCUCGGCUGCGCCCUGAGGACCCUGUUCUGAAGGACCUAUAUCUCAGCUGGGGGUCCAUCCUGGAGAGAGAUGGCCACUAUGCCAUCGCAGCCAAGUGCUACUUAGGAGCCACUUCCGCCUAUGAUGCAGCCAAAGUUCUGGCCAGAAAGGGAGAUGCAGCCUCGCUUAGAACAGCUGCAGAGCUGGCUGCCAUAGCAGGAGAAGAUGAGCUGGCUGCUUCCCUGGCUCUUAGAUGUGCCCAAGAGCUGCUUCUGGUGAAGAACUGGGUGGGUGCACAGGAAGCGUUGGGACUACAUGAAAGCCUGCAGGGCCAGAAACUAGUCUUCUGCCUCCUUGAACUUUUGUGCCGGCACCUGGAGGAAAAACAGCCUCCAGAGGUCAGAGGCCCCUCUUCCAUUUACCACCAGUGGGCCACAGGUUCUGAGGGAACCUUGGUGCAGAGAGUAACUGGUGUGUGGCGCAGCACCUUCAGUGUGGACACCCCGGAGCAGUGUCGGGCUGCCUUGCAGAAGCUUCAGGACGUCAAGUACCCAUCAGCAACAAGUAACACUCCCUUCAGACAGCUGCUGCUUCAUGUCUGCCAUGACCUAACCUUGGCAAUGCUGAGCCAUCAGGCUGCUUCCUGGGAGGAGGCUGUCCCUGCACUGCUGCAGGCUGUGGUUCGGAGCUACACCUCAGGGAACUUCACCCUCAUGCAGGAAAUCUACUCAGCCUUUCUCCCAAGCGGCUGUGACCACUUACGAGAUAAACUGGGUGACCUGUCUCCUACCAUGGCAGCUUUCAAAAGCUUAGAGGCCUUUUGUAUUUAUGGGCAACUGUAUGAAGUCUGGUGGUCACUCUGCCGGCCUGGCCCUGAAUCAAGUGUCUGGGUAUGGUCAGCUGAAAGCACAGUCUCUGAUAAACAGAGCAAGCCAGAGGACAGUACCAGUGCUGAAGACGUGGAACAGCCUCCAGACCCAGGCCUGAGGCUCAGUGCAGAGAGUGAACGUUUGCUGAGUACCUGCAAGGAGCUCUUCUCAGAAAGGCAUGCCAGCCUACAGACCUCCCAGAGGACUGUUGCUGAAGUCCAAGAGACACUGGCAGAAAUGAUCCGCCAGCACCAAAAGAGUCAGCUCUGCAAGGCCACAGCCAAUGGCCCCAACAGAGAUGAACCCAGCCAGGAAGCAGAGCGGGCCCCUUCCCAACCUCCGAGCCCAACAGAAGAAAUAAAUGCACCAGUGUCUCUCCCUGAGUUAACCAGAAGGCUCACUGAGGCAAACGAGAGAAUAGCUGAGUUUCCAGAGAGUAUAAAGGCCUGGCCCUUUCCAGAUGUGCUGGAGUGCUGUCUCGUCUUGCUUCACAUUGGGUCCCAAUGUCCUGGCGCUGUGGACCCUGAGAUGCAGCAACAGGCCCAGAAGCUCCUUCAAAAGUAUGGCCACACUAGAGCUUACAGAAGACACUGCCAGAUGCGACACACAUGAACUUCCAGAGGCCAUAAAGCUGUGCCACACAACCCAUGACAGCUCUCACCUCAGUCUCGGCUCACCAGGCCUUCACCCUGACCUUCAAUGGAAGGAUGCUGUGAUCCAGCUGACAGAUGAGGGUGAAGUUUGAAUCCCCUCACAAUGGAGCCUGCUUGGUGCCUCUCAAGUGACUUCUUGUAGUGGAGGGAAAAGCCAGCAGGGUCACUAAGAGCCCCUGCCAAGACUGUCUCCAGCCUUACAUGGUUUCCCCAAAGAGAAGCCUUUGUAUUCACCCAAAGUCUGUCCACCCCAGAUGCAGCUGCCUUUAUAAAUCCUCACCAUCAGAAGCGUCUCAUUCUGUGGGAGGUACACAUGACACAUCCCUAUCACUGUUGGGGUUUGGGGUUCUUAAUUAUAUUCUUAGCUGGGCCUGCCCACCUCAAAGACUAAAGGAAUUAGCCUUGUAACAUUAGAUAAUUUUAUUUUUUAUGGAGUUGGUUACAUGGACAAGUGGCUAAAGCUUUCCCAGAACAGAGCUAAUGAGACUGGCUGUUGUCUUCCAGGUUGUUGUCAGGCAUGACUGACAGUGGUCAGACAGCUCAGGAAAAAAAAAAAAUCACUCUUAGUGGUUCAUAAUCUUUUGGGGUCAUAUAAGCCUUUUAUUUUUUUUUUUUUUUAUUUUUUUUUUUUUUUGGAGAAUUGACUAAAACACAGC